UGAACUCAUAGCCUCUUAGUUCAUGCAAUUUUUGUAAUGCGAACUAAAUUUCAAGUUCGUUUCUGUGAAAAAGUAUUCUACGAAGAAAUAUUUUAGGAUGAAUAAUUUCUUUCCGUGCGUGAAAAGAAACGAAACGAAAGCAAUGAAUACUGCGACAUCGGGUGAUAUGUUUGUACAUGAUGUUCGUGAAUUAUGAACAUCGUGUUUGUUUACAAUGUUUAUGUUUGUGUAUCAUUGUUCGCGUUUGGGAUAGACAUUCAACACUAGCGAAAAUCAUGUUUGAAUUCAAACAAAGACAUGUAAUUUUCACAUCGGGUGGACAUGUGUAAGUGUUUGUCGGAAGACUGGUCGCUACAUUCGUCCUGUGUCGAAGAUUUGUUUGCUGCCAAUUUCACCCACACAAGAGGAAACACCACCGAAUAACAACAACACCGAAUACUAAAAACAACAACAUCCGCUUUACUGAAGAAAUCCACGUCACGAUUCCAGCAGAUUCACUCAUAAUAAAAUAAAUACAACGCCCUGAUUAAUGAGGGACAAGGUAAGCACCUGUCCAAUUAUAUUUAUUUGUAAAAACCCUCUACCGGGAUCUUAUUUUCAUGUUGCCGAGUUACUGGUCAUCGUCGUCGCUCGCAAUCAAAACAACAUCGCCUGACGUCUAUCGAGUGACAGCCGCUCUCAUCAUCAUCGAAGGAACCAUCAUCAACAAUGUUCGCUUAUCGUUUAACUGUCAGAAUGGACGAUUCUGAAGGGGCCAGUAUGUUCGUGACAACACGAAGGAGCGCCAACUGGCUGUGGAUUGAGGAACUACAAAAGCGAAAAACCCCUCGUUCGUCAGUCAUGCGUUUAUUUGACUAUGCGUUUGUCUCGCGUUUGGCUGACGUUUCAUCGUUUCCGCAUACGGAACGAAUGACGUCACGACGGGUAUAAAAGAAGGACAUCUUGUUUGCCUCGCUCUUUUUCCUGUUCAACGACGCCUGCCGUCAACUCCUUCUAAGCGACGACACCUGCUGUCAUCAUCUUUCCGGCCGAAGACACCUCGUGAACAAGUUAACCUCAGUGGGAAAAAAAAUUUGUGCAACUGAUAUCGAAGUUAUAUUGAAUUGUUAAGUGUUAAGUUAGACUAAAUAAAACGAAGUUAAAUUAGUGCGAAUACUUACCUGAAAUAAAUAAAACAUUGGACCUGAAAGAAAAGUGAAAAAUAGUGGGAAGACUUACCUGCUAUAAUCUGCUACCCUCUGCAAGGGAUUUUUCGAAACGUUUCGCUCGAACGGACAACGGCCCGUCCGCUGCUUUGAUGAUCUACCGACAGUAAUUAUUUUUGGAACAAACAGGAAUUCAUCGACAAAUGGUUAAAUGAGUGUCAGGACUACAUAUGUUAGCAAAUUAUCAACGAUGGCAUACCAAACGUUGAGACAGGAAUAUUUUCAAAUACCGGUAGUAACGAGAGCAUAUACAACGGCAUGUGUUAUCACAACAUUGUCUGUCCAUUUGGAGAUAGUCACACCAUUUCAGUUAUACUUCAACCCUACACUGAUACUGAAACACUAUCAGCUAUGGCGGUUAGGAACUACUUUCCUGUUUUUUGGUACAUUUGGUUUCAACUUUCUAUUCAACAUGAUAUUUACAUACAAGUACUGCCGAAUGCUCGAGGAAGGUUCAUUCCGUGGAAGAAGUGCCGAUUUCAUCAUGAUGUUCCUUUUUGGCGGCGUAUUUAUGAUUAUAUUUGCAUUUUUCGUUAAUUUGCUUUUUCUUGGACAAGCAUUCACGAUAAUGCUGGUGUAUGUCUGGUCACGAAGAAACCCAUUCGUUCGGAUGAACUUUUUUGGGAUACUAAACUUCCAGGCUCCAUAUCUUCCAUGGGUAUUGCUCGGUUUUUCUGUACUUAUUGGUAAUACUAUCUGGGUUGAUUUGAUGGGCAUUGUGGCUGGACAUAUAUAUUACUUCCUAGAAGAUGUAUUACCGGAUCAAGCAAAUGGAUACCAUCUUCUGAAAACUCCUCAGUUUUUGAAAAAUAUCUUCGACGAACCCAUAGACGAUAUAGAUUACACCGCUCUUCCAGAGGACCGUCCUGGUGGAUUUAACUGGGGAAGACAAGUCGAGGCACAAAAUGAAGAACGACGAGACUAAGUUUGUUUUCCGUGAAAAUACUGUGAAGUGAAUCCACAUGUGUGAAGUGAAUCGAGCACACAUAUGGGUUGUUGGGAUACGUGUUCGCACAAUGUCAACAGUAACAUUUUUUCAAUCAAUUUGCUAGCAUCGGAAAAUGUAAACUGGUUGUCCUUAUAUAUUACGUAA